AUGCCCGUAUCCGUCGUCAACUCCAGUGCGGGCAAUCUUUCAACCCAGAGUGCCUUGGAAGCCUAUACUCACGCCAUGCAGGACCAUAUUCUUUUCCAGAUAUCGACCCUUGACUCAAGCGAAAACCACGAGAUCAGCGACAAGGUCUCUGACGAUGUCCCCACCAGCGGACAAUCGUUACAGCCCAAGAUGCCCUUGUCGAUCUUCGACUCUAGUGGCACUAGUGCUAGCAAUCUUUUAAUUCAGAGUGCCGUGGAAGCCUAUACUCACGCCAUGCAUGCCCAUACCCUGUCCCAGGUAUCGUCUUUUGAUCUAAGCGAAAAUCACAAGAUCAGAGACAGGGUCUCUGACGAUGUCCACACUAGCGGUGUGUUAUACCAAGGCCCUGGUCCCCCCAACGCGGCUGUGUCUGAAGAAGCCGCACGGCAAGCUGCCAACGGUGCAGAACUUACACAAGCUUAG